UUUUGUUGAUUUAUUUUGUACGCGUUAUAAAUUAACGGUAUUUUAGUAUAUAAAAAUAAUAACUAAAAUAAAAAUAUUUUUAGUUAUUUUUUUGAAUCGGUAACAAUUGAAUGUGUUUUUAUUUUUUUUUGGAAAUAAAGAAUAAACAACAAAUUAUAAAGAAAAACAAUAAUAAUUGUGUGAUUAAACGACGAGAGUUUAAAAUAACAAUAAAAAUUAACAAUAUAAGUAAUAAGCAAAUUCAUUCACUUCACUCACACGUAAAAUACAAAUAAAAACAAAAUAUAUACCGUUAAAAAUACUCACUAAAUGAGUACAAAUUAAAUUUAAUAAUAAAGUUCACAAUAAUAACUAGAAUUAUUUUAUGGGAGCAAUAACGACAAUAACUUAAUUUACUUGUAUCAUUAUAGGAUUAUAUAUAACUACAUAUAUAAAAUUAAAAUAAUACUAAGGAAAUAAAAUAAACAAAGAAAAUUGAAAAAUAAAAAUAUUGAAUUAAAUUUCAAUUUAAAUUUUAAAAUAUUUUAUAAAUAUAUAAGAAUUAAAACAAAUAAAAUAGAAUAAAUAUGUAUGGAAAAAAGAAUAAAUUAUGUACAAAAUUAUCUAGCGCAUUUUUAAGAAAGUGGUGGUUUGCGAUAGCAUUUGCAUUAUGUUUAAUAAUAUUGGGUAUUCUAGUCACAUGUGGUUUUAUGUCAGUAGUUAGAUUAGUUAUAGAUCAUCAAAUUGCACUUAGAAAUGGAACUCAAACAUUUGGAUGGUGGGCAAAACCACCAGUUGAACCAAUGAUUAAAGUUUAUGUAUAUAAUGUUACAAAUGCUGAUGAUUUCUUAAAUAAUGGAACAAAAGCUGUAUUAGAUGAAUUAGGACCUUAUGUAUAUGCUGAAACAUGGGAAAGAGAAAAUAUUGUUGAAAAUGAUAAUGGUACAAUAACAUUCAGUAUGAAAAAAACUUUUGUUUUCCGUGAGGAUUUAUCAAAUGGCCUUGAAGAUGAUGUUGUAAUUGUUCCAAAUAUUCCAAUGUUAAGUGCAACAUCCCAAAGUAAAAAUGCUGCUAGAUUCUUAAGAUUAGCUAUGGCUAGUAUUAUGGAUAUUUUAAAAAUAAAACCAUUUGUUGAAGUUUCUGUUGGACAAUUAUUAUGGGGUUAUGAAGAUCCAUUAUUAAAAUUAGCAAAAGAUGUUGUACCAAAAGAACAAAAAUUACCAUAUGAAGAAUUUGGUCUUAUGUAUGGUAAAAAUGGUACUUCAAAGGAUCGUGUAACAAUAUUUUCUGGUACACAAGAUAUUACAAAAUAUGGUUUAAUCGAUAGAUUUAAUGGUAAAACACAUUUACCACAUUGGUUAACUGAAGAAUGUAAUCGUUUAAAUGGUUCAGAUGGUUCAAUUUUCCCACCACAUAUGACUACCGAUACAAAAUUACAUGUUUAUGAUAAAGAUUUAUGUAGACUUUUACCAUUGGUAUUCGAAAAAGAAAUUAUAACUAAAAAUGGUGUUAAAGGUUAUAGAUUUACACCACCAGAAAAUGUAUUCGAUGAUGUUGAAAGUAAUAUGGAAAAUUCAUGUUUCUGUCCAGCUGGACCGCCAUCAUGUGCACCAAAAGGAUUAUUUAAUGUUUCAUUAUGCCAAUAUGACUCACCAAUUAUGUUAAGUUUUCCACAUUUCUAUCUUGCCGAUGAUACAUUUAGAACAGCUGUUGAAGGUAUUUCACCACCUGAAAAAGAAAAACAUCAAUUUUAUCUGGAUGUACAACCGGAUAUGGGAACAACAUUAAGUGCACGUGUUGGUGUUCAAAUUAAUUUGGCUGUAUCACAAGUUGUUGAUAUUAAACAAGUUGCAAAUUUCCCAGAUAUUGUAUUUCCAAUUAUGUGGUUUAGUGAAGGUAUUGAUGGAUUACCAGAUGAAGUGACAAAUUUAAUGAAUUUAGCUGCAAAUAUACCACCAAAAGCACGUAUUGGUUUAAUGAUCGGUCUAUUUGUAUUAGGUGGUCUUUUAUUAAUGAUUGCUGUAUUCUGUUUAAUAAGAAGUUCACAUAGGCAAAGUACAUUACAUUUAGAAGGUUCAAAUUAUUUAGCAACAGCACAAGUAGAUUUGGCUAAAAAGAAAGCAAAAGAAAAUAAACAAUAAGAUGUUUUUUUUUUUUUUUGUUUUUAGGGAAAAAAAUUAUACAAAUUAAUUAUACACAAUAUGCAAUAUGAAAAAAAAAAAUAUAAAAAGUAAAUUAUGAGAAAAGUAAAACAUAAAAAUUUUAUAUUAAAUUUUAAGAAAUUUAAAAAAGAAACAAAAAAACAUGUAGAAAUAUGGAAUUAUUUACCUAUUAACUUAAUUAAUUUCACUUGAAAUUCCAAUUAUUUUAUAGAUCUUUUAAAAUUUAUUAAAUAAUUCUGUUUAAAUUAAAAAUGACAAUUAUUGUCAAAAUUUUCACUCAUUACAAAAAUCAAAUGUGACAAAUGCUUUUAAGAUUUAAACUCAAAAUAGACAUUAUUUUUAAUUUGUGAUUCUCUAUUUCAAUUUCGAGUAUCAAAACAUUAUUUAUAAAAUAAACAAUUACGUAUACUCUCAUUUUAAAUCUCACCAUUCCUGUAACUCUUUUUUAACAUAAUAAUUUAAUUAUUAAUUCAACUUAUUCUCCUUAAAUAAAAUUU